AUGCCGCCACUUCUCGUCGAUCCCGACAGUGAACUUUAUACUGAUGAGCCUAUUUAUGAUCCUGAUAUUCAUUUGGCAUUGAGUGAACCUGAUUUUGUCAUCUUACUCGAGGGUUUUCAACAUGUGCCAACAGCACCACAAUUGUCUAAACCUGUAUCAGCCACUGGAGAAAGUCAAAUAGCUUACACAGGACCAUUUCGAGUGUUGAGUGAUGAAGGCUAUCGUGUAUUACGUAUGAUUCUCAAACGUGAAAUGGCAUAUCAAAUAAGUGAUGAACGUCAUCCAGCAAAAAUUCGAUUUGGUGGCUAUCGUAGUAAAUGGUUGCAAAAUUUCAAUCGAUGUCCUCGUAUUCUUGAACAUUUAUCACAUAUAACUGGUGAUGUACAACUUAUAACUACAACUCUUCAAUCAAGUUAUAGUCAUACAAAUAUAGGCUAUGCAUGUCCAGACAACGUCGAUUCUUUCCAUCGUGAUAGUGUGCCGUAUGUUCUCAUUUUACUAGCGUGUGAUAUGAGUGAAACAAUUGGAGGAGAAUUGCAACUUAUCGAACGUGAUCAUGAAGAGGCUUUUCGUCUUAUCGAACAAUACAAGGGAAAAGUACCGAAAGAAUUUAUCCGAACAAUUGACUAUCUCGGUCCCAAUUCAUGUAUGUUCAUGCAAGGUAGUCGUAUUGUUCAUCGAGUGACAAAUAUUCAGUCAUGUACAGAGCCUCGAAUAACAGUGGUCAAUUCAUACAUGUCAACCAAUCCAUUUGCUGCUGAAUGCACAAGAUAUGAUACGUUUCGUAAAGAAAGAACGGGUCCAUUGGAAUUUGCCAUGCAUAAGAUAUGGCGCUCCAGUGCAAUAAUGCUUGAUCUCGCGUCGGGCGAGUAUCCAUGGCCGACUCUGGAUCAAGUUAUUGAACGGCUAAACAAAUCUAUUGAAGAACUGACUGAAUGUCGUGAUCUUCUUACUGAGAAAAAAUCGGAUCGAGUUGGAUUUUAUGAUGAAAAGAAACAGCAAAUGGUAUUCCAACGCAAACCUUCGACUGCAUUUAAAACAGAUGAAAACGAAACUUAA